AUGCCAUUCGAUCUCACGACAAAAGCCUACAAGAAAGAGGACCUCCCCGCGUCCCAAGACGAAAUCGUCAAGGCGUCCCAGGAGCUCAUCGACCAGGUAUGCACGACGUGGAAAAAGGGAAAGUGCUUUCACUACACCUUGAGCACAAAUCCCACACUAGAUUCCGACAAGGUGGCGGUGCAGACCUAUCACACUAAUCGCAACAACGAAUAUUGGCUGAGUCGUGUCAGCGAGCACAAAGUGGAUGUGUCCCUCUACGAACGUCUCGUCAAAGUUUUGAACGGCAGCGUGAAAGAAGGCACCAACUGGAUUCUGCCCGACAGAACCGCCCGGUCGCGAGUCGAAAAAGACUACAUAGAAACUCUGAACCGCGUGGAGAUUGUUGAAACCACAGAAUCCGGUUGGGUUGGGGUGAACCUCGAAUACGAGUUGGGCAAGCCCUUGACGACCCGCGAAUUUAACGAGUGGGUGUACGUCGUUCCACCUUCCGCCACUGAGGAACCAGAUACGGAGACUUGCAUGGUGGUCAGUGUGGUCGCCGACGCGCCCUUGAGAGACUCGGUAGCGCACACGCACGCAGUUUACGCCAGUGUGGAAACCUUGGACUACAAUUCCAAGACUCAAAACUUGGUGUGGAAAAUGGCAACCACCAGCGAUGCCGGUGGGAACGUUCCAAAGUGGAUUCAGAAUACUAUGAUUGCGAAAACUGUGGCCAAAGACGUCAUACAUUUUUGA